UUCCAUAUUCAAAUCUGGUGGCCAUCCACCAAAAUUUAAUCCUAUCAAAAGUACACUUACAUAAUCUAUAUAUUUGGCAAUGUCAUGUUAAUGUACUAAAUUUUUUACUUUCUUUUCCAAUCCAACUGUUUUGUUUUCCUACUACUUUCCCUAAUCAUCGAGCAAUUCCCUUUUUUUAUUCUUUUAGAAACCCAAUUCAUCGAUAAAUCAAAAAUUUUGUGACAAUGUUCGAUCCUGAGUUUUUCCGUAUUGCGCAAGAGCAGAUGAAUCGCAUGUCCCCCGCUGAAUUGGCUAAGAUCCAACAACAUAUGAUGUCGAAUCCGGAUUUGCUUCGAAUGGCUUCGGAUGGGAUGAAGAACUUGAGGCCAGAGGAUUUAAGGAUGGCGGCCGAGCAAAUGAAGCAUGUUCCUCCUGAAGAAAUGGCUCAAAUUGGUGAGAAGAUGGCCAAUGCGUCCCCAGAAGAAAUUGCGUCGAUGCGUGCCCGUGCUGAUGCUCAAAUGGCUUAUGAGUUGAAUGCAGCUGAAAUGCUUAAGAAACAGGGAAAUGAACUUCAUAGUAAGGGUAAGUAUCAAGAAGCUGCACAGAAGUACUUGCGGGCAAAGAAUAAUUUAAGAGGGGUUCCAGUUGCUAGAGGCAGAGCAUUGCAGUUGGCUUGCUCACUUAAUCUGAUGUCAUGUUACUUAAAAACCAGACAGUUCCAUGACUGCAUCAAUGAAGGCAGUGAGGUUUUGUCCUAUGAUGAAAGGAAUGUCAAAGCUUUAUACCGUAGGGGUCAAGCAUACAAAGAACUAAGUCAACUAGAGAAUGCUGUAUUGGAUCUAAGAAAGGCACAUGAAGUUUCCCCUGAUGAUGAGACAAUUGCUGAAGUCUUAAGGGAGGCCAAAAAGGGCCUAGGAAAUGAAGGUAUUUCACAAUCUUCAACAGGGUUGGUCAUUGAAGAAAUUACUGACGAGGUUGAGGCUGUGUCAACUGAAAGAGAUAAGAGAACAUCUCAAGAUUGUUCAGUGUCAGAGCUCGAGGAAAACAAGUCUUUAAAUAUCAAUAGACCCACUACAGAACCAGAGUUUUUGCGUGCAUUAAAAGAGGAUCCUGAUACAAUCAGAUCAUUCCAGAAUUUUAUUUCCCAUGCGGAUCCUGAAUUCCUGGCCAGAAUGAAUCCUGGAAAAGCUGAAGAGAUCCCUACUGACAUGCUGAAGACUGCGUCAAAUAUGAUCGGUAGAAUGUCACCUGAGGAGCUCCAAAACAUGAUGAAAAUGGCCUCCACAUUUCAGGGUGAAAAGGGUUCCAAUUUUAUUGAUAAAUUUGGACCUGGCCCUGUUCCUCUGAAUUUGUCACCUGAAAUGCUAAAAACAGCAGGUGAUAUGAUGGGUAAGAUGUCACCUGAGGAACUUCGAAGGAUGUUUGAAAUGGCUUCUUCCUUGAAGCAGAACUCAAUUCCUAGCUCAUCUUCAGAUUCAGGUCCAGGUUCAUCAAGUGGUAGAUUGAGUUCAGAGUCCGAGACAAAGUUCACUGAAACUAGGGAUCUACCUGUUCAUAGAAAUAAUGUUUUCAGUGAGUGUAGCAGCUUAUCUGGUUCAUAUUCCGAUCUUGGAAGUACUUUUCAAGCAAGCUAUCCCACAUCAAUGGGUGAUAUGCAAGAACAGAUGAGAAAUCAGAUGAAGGAUCCCGCAAUGCGACAAAUGUUCUCGUCAAUGUUGAAAAACAUGAACCCCGACAUCAUGGCUAGUAUGAGUGAGCAGUUUGGACUCAAAUUUUCAAAAGAAGAUGCUGCAAAAGCUCAAGAAGUCAUGGCUUCAUUGUCACCCGAAGAUUUAGAUAGAAUGAUGCGUUGGGCUGAUAAAUUGCAACGAGGAGUAGAAGGAGCAAAAAAGACAAAGAAUUGGCUACUUGGAAGACCAGGAAUGAUUCUAGCAAUAUGCAUGCUCAUUCUUGCUGUCAUCCUUCACUGGUUUGGCUUCAUUGGUAGGUGAAAACAUCGUGACAGAAAACUUUGGAUAUAGCCAUUUGUUACCAUCACCAGUGCCCACCAGAAAAGAGCGUACUUGAAUCCCGGUGUUCAUUGAACCUUCAAGGGUUAUGUAAAGUUGUAUCGUAAAAUUGUAGCAAAUGUAAGGAAUUCUUUAUCUGCUGUGCACCUCGGCAACUUUCCUUUGAAGAAAAAGGAACAGGGUCUAAAAAUUUGACGGAGCUAAAAAAUUCAGGACACCUAAUUUAUUCAGCCGUUGUAUCUUACUCCAUUGUUGUGAUUUCGAAUGGCUUUUGAUUUUUGAAAAAAUUGUCAAGAAUAAUCU